AUGGCCGUGCCUCUCUCAUACUGGGGAGCCACGGACUGGACAGCAGUUGUGGUCUCAGCAGUGCAGAGCCAAGAAGAGGAAUUCCCUUCCGCAUGUUAUAGCAACAAUCCUCCCCAUGCAGCCCAGGAUGCUGUUGGACGCCCUUUGCCCAGAGCAAAUCCUGCCAGUAAAGACCAAGGCGAGGAAGCCGUGGAAUACCUCCACCUUUCCUAUAAGCCCUAUAAAUGCCCAGUAGGAUAUUUUGCUUUGGAGGUGAGUCUACAGGAAAAUUACUGCCUAACUGCAGUGACUGUGGGCCUGGGGCGGUGCCGGAGCAGUAUAAAAGCGAGUCCUUCUCCUCACUCUCUCAUCCACUCCUCUCAGUUCCAUCUCCUUGGGAACAAGGUGAUCCGGGUUAAUCUCUACUGUGGAGACAUGUCCUGCAACAUCCCGUGCAUGCCCUGCCUGCCCUGCCAGCCCUGCGGCCCGACCCCGCUGGCCAACAGCUGCAAUGAGCCCUGUGUCAGGCAGUGCCAGGACUCCACCGUCGUCAUCCAGCCCUCCCCCGUGGUGGUGACCCUGCCCGGCCCCAUCCUCAGCUCCUUCCCGCAGAGCACCGCCGUGGGCUCCUCCACCUCCGCUGCCGUUGGCAGCAUCCUCAGCUCUGAGGGAGUGCCCAUCUCCUCCGGGGGCUUUGGCCUCUCCGGCUUGGGCAGCCGCCUCUGCGGCAGGAGGUGCCUCCCCUGCUAA